AUGAUGUCGUCAACAACUGCUAAAUCCACCUUUCCGGAAACCCUUGGUGGUCACCACAAAAUCAUCUCGCCAAAUUCGUCUAGUGUAAAGCAGCCGCAAGACACAGAGCGAUGUAUAUAUGUUGUUCAAGAAUACAACUGCGCCCACCACCCUUCCCUCAACAACCCCCACAUCUUCCACCGGACGCCCUGUCCCCAAGCCCUCCUACCCGCAGCCUCUCAAACCGACUGCGAGAACUACGCACAGCACGAAAACGAACUCGUGCAAGUAUCUCGCUACGUGAUGGAUCGCGGCUGCAUGGAAUGCAAAAAUUCCGCGCGCAGACAUCGUCGCGAGGAAACGGUCAAGCAUCCGGAAAUUCUUAGGAGAAUGCAGGAAUUAGGACUCGGACAGGAGGAUAUCGAUCAUUUUGAAAAAGUGACGAGUAGUUUUCCCGCAAGUAAGAGGGUUCUGGAGUUGGUGAGGGAGAGGGAGAAAAAUGAGAGAUUGAGAAGAGAUGAGACUCGUUGCCUUUUGCUGAGAGAGGAGGGAAAGGAUGAGCCACAGAACAUGAUUGAAGCAAAGCAGGAAUCGAAGAUCCAAUUCAAGAUGGACAAUGUCGAAGUUAUCCCUCCUGCGACCCCUGCCUUAAUUGGAGACGCCAUUGUCAAGGGAAACGACAGUGCGCGCGUAGAAAAAGAGCACGAAACCACACAGACUGAACUUAUGGCUACAAAAGCCAAGAAUCCACAACGCACAGGAACUCUCAUGAAAAAGAGCACCUCUCAAGUUUCGACCAAGUCCACAGCGCUUGAAAAUCCCACAGCUAGCAUCGCACUCAAAAUAAUCCAAAGAGACGAACUCACACAACCCCAACUCCGCAACCCAGCAGCCAAAGAAAACCUCCCUCAACCCCCCACCAAUCCCAUCACGCCCAACAACCCAACCCCAAACAUCUCACCCACCAAAAAACUCCCCACCACCGAACCUCCCUCUCUCCCCCUUGCAUCACCAAUCCCAUCAGCAAACCCCACUCCCCCUUCACCCAAAUCCCAGACACGACAAACCCACCUAGCAGAAGAAACCGCACGUCUCACCCCCGAAAAACUAACCGACAACAUCCACCUCGACCUAGACGCCGAAUGGGAAACCGACCUCGACGAGGAGCGCGAGCGCGUCUUCGGAGAAGUAGCACUUGCGCCUUCAUUUGGAUGUCAGACGGGAGACGAGUGGAUUGUAGUUGGGAGUUGGGAGCAGUGA